AUGCCCGGCUCGCCUACGCAAGACCCGCUCACUUUAAAGACGUCAGGCCCGCGAAAACCCCCGAGCCUAGGCCCUCUUACCUUUGCAGCCAACAGACAGGGCUGGCAUGGUGCGUAUUGCUCACCACCCGGCCGCAAGUCCCCUGCCGGCUCUGAUUGCGGUACGGUUGCCGGAUGGGGAGACGAAUCCGGUGGGGAGGGCAGCAUGAAGGGGGGCUACCUGGAGUACGGCCGUGCAGGGGUCGAGAGAUGGGAAGAGAGUGCUGGGGAUGGGAGCGAUGCUGAAUCCAUCUGCUCUUCGAUCGGCUCCGGCAAGACGUCGUACAGACGCCCGCUGGGGCGCCCCGACGGCGACGAGCCUCGCGUGACUUCCACGAAGCCGGCAUGGGUCGACGAAUUGCAAAGUGGCUGGAGCUUCGACCCCCCAGAGCAGGAGGUACCCGCAGCGGAGAGUGGAGGCGGAGCUACGGCGAACGGGCACGAGAGGACGGCGGAUACCCAGGCACUCGAGGAUCCCCGCAGGAGAGGCUUUGGCUUUGGAGAAGAACUGGUUAUGGAUGCCACUCACGCCGUUGAACAUUGGGACGAUCCGGACCCACCGGCAGCCGAGCCAGAAGAGACUACUCAAGACCCCGCCACAAGCCAUCCUGAUACUGAAACUGAGCUGUCUACCGGUGUCAGGAUCCAUCACGGGGACGAGCUGGUUCACGGAACCGCAUACGAUAAGAAGAGCCUUGAUAAGUGUCGCAGCAAGCCUUGGUGGGUCGCCGGAGAGGAACGUCAGUCCUGUCAAGCGACCCUCAUCAAUCUUGAUGACAGUCAUCGAGAGGACGCCGAUACCGGUUCCACAGGCGGCGACACCGUCGGACCCCCUCCGAAGGUUCUGAUACGCAGGCGGAAGCAUGUGAGGGGGGCAAGGCCUGGGCGUCUGGUGGAUCCCCUGAUCGACACUCAUGCGCUACGAAUCCCAAAUUCACCGUCCUCUCCGGACGAUCGAGACACCACAAACGAUCUCGGCGCUCAUGAUAUACAUCUCGCUACAUCGUCAGUCUUACCGGAAACCCGUCGGCGGUCGAGCAUGGAUGGUGAACGGCCCUUCUCUUGGGGUACGAACGAAGAGGGAGUCGCCGGUGAUUAUUUGGAAGUUCAUGUGCCUACCUCGCUACCAUCAUCGACUGAACAGCAGAAGGCUAAACCCGCCCGCGACCUGCAAUCGCUCGAUCAGUCACAGCCGACAAGCUCCGGUGCAGCGGUCCAGGAGACAGUCAAGGACAGUGGCGGAUCCUUGCGCAAGGAGAACGCUCCGGCCCGGGAGCACGCAGUGACGAAAGAGGAGCAGACUGAGGGGCGAGGAGCAGCCCACGAUACCGGAAGUAGGAGCACCGCGCUUUCGUGCGCAUACCUCACCCUCGGGAUGGGCAUUGCCGGCGCUGCAACUUACUUCGUUGCCGAUUGGAUAUCAAGAAUGGUCGAUGAGACUGGGGUCAAUGAUACUGAUUAG